AUGCGCGACGACGAGUUCGUCAUCGUCGACGCGGUGGAGGGAAAGGGGAAGUGGAAGGGCGCCCUCGGGGCCUUUGUCUGCCAGACGAAGGAUGCGAAAAACACUUUUACGGUGACCCCCGCCAGCAGCGAUGCCGAAAAGAAGAAGAUGUGGAAAACUUGGCAGGCGAACUACGUCGGGAAGGCGCUCACGGUGCAGUAUCAGGAGCUCACCGCCGACGGGAUCCCGCGCUUUCCGGUGGGGAAAUGCGUCCGCGGCGAGGUAGAUGGGAAGGAUUGGAUUUGA